AGCAAGGAAUUUGAUUAUGACUUCCAUAGCAAGAGAUACCUUGUGGACAACUGCUGUUUAAAACAUAUUCACACAAUAUGUGUGCACGGCGAUUGAUGUUACUGUCAAAGCGAGUAUAGGUUGCUAUUCAAUCUCUGUCGAAAUGUUACGGACACUAAACAGCGCGUCAUUUGCUGCCUUACUUGCAACGGUGCCAAAGUCCGCGACAUGCAGAACAGCUAGAAUACACAGUACGUAUGAUGUGGCUGUGGUGGGUGGAGGCAUCGUGGGCCUGGCCUCAGCCAGAGAGCUCAUCCUCAGACACCCCACGCUUAGCUUCAUUCUGCUGGAGAAGGAGAAGGACCUGGCCAUCCACCAAAGCGGCCACAACAGUGGUGUGAUCCACAGUGGGAUUUACUAUACCCCCGGGUCUCUGAAGGCCCGUCUCUGUGGCAAAGGGGCCAGUAUGGCCUAUGAAUACCUGGACAAGAAAGGACUCCCCUAUAAGAGGUGUGGAAAGCUGAUCGUCGCUGUGGAGCGAGAGGAGAUUCCCAGGCUCAAAGCGCUGUACGAGCGAGGACAGAAGAACAACGUGCGUGACCUCACCAUGAUAGACGCCAAGGGGAUCCGAGAGAGAGAGCCAUACUGCAGGGGUCUGAUGGCCCUGGACUCUCCUUACACUGGCAUCGUGGACUGGAGGCUGGUGUCACUGGCAUAUGGCAAGGACUUCCAGGAGGCAGGAGGGACCGUGGUUACUGAAUAUGAGGCUAGUGACAUGGCCAUGGUGAAGGAAAGCCCCGCUGGUAACACGGACGGAAUGAAAUAUCCCAUCGCUAUCAGAGAUUCAAAGGGUACGGAGGUAAGGUGUCGGUAUGUGCUGACCUGUGGUGGUCUGUACUCUGACCGCCUCUCUCAGAUCUCUGGCUGCAGUCCAGACCCUCGCAUUGUCCCCUUCAGAGGAGAUUACCUGGUCCUGAAGCCUGAGAAACACUACCUGGUCCGGGGCAACAUCUACCCCGUUCCUGACCCUAGGUUCCCCUUCCUGGGGGUCCACUUCACCCCGCGGAUGGACGGCAGUGUUUGGCUGGGUCCCAACGCCGUCCUGGCCUUUAAACGAGAGGGGUACAAGCUGUACGACUUCGAUGCCCGGGACUUUGGAGAUGCACUUUCAUUCAGAGGUCUGCAAAAACUGGUGAUGAAUAACCUAGUGUAUGGUGUUGGAGAGAUGUACAGAGGGGUGUUCAUCGGAGCUCAGGUCAAGAUCUUAAAGAGGUUCAUCCCAGAGCUGUCUCUAAGCGACGUACUCAGGGGUCCAGCAGGGGUGAGGGCCCAGGCUCUGGACCGCGAUGGGAACCUGGUAGAUGACUUUGUGUUUGACGUUGGUGUCGGGGAUGUGGGCAGCAGGGUCCUCCAUGUACGCAACGCUCCCUCGCCCGCCGCCACCUCUUCCCUGGCCAUAGCAGAGAUGGUAGCAGACGAGGUGGAGAGACGUUUCAGCCUCUAAAAACUCUAGAGGCACUCUUCGGAUGCUCACCAAAUGGCAUCCUAUUCCCUACUUUUUGAGUUCUGCGCACAACUUUUGACCAGAGCCCACAGGGAAUAGGGUGGCAUUUGGGGCGUACUUACACUUCCCCAGUGGAAGGAAGUAACAACAUUGAUCCAUCUGAUCCAGCUGCAGGUCCAUCUAGUGAAGCGGUGAUGAUGCUGAUCUCAGGUCAGUUCUGCAUUUUCCCCAAUGGUUAGUUUGGAGUGGGGGUGAGUGUAAGCUGAUCCUGGAUCUGCACCAAGGGGAAACUUCACCAGGAAAUGAUCCAUCCAAUCUGUUAACUACUGUUCACUGGUCCAGCAUGUAUCUGCGUCAGCAGAGUGAGGUUACAAAAAUCCGCUAACUUUCCAAAAUUCCCAGUUUUUCCAGAAAUCCAGGUUGGAGGUUUCCAGGAUUAUCUGCUUAGUUCCUCCUUAAUUGCAGGAAUAUUCCAACGGGGAUUUCUGGAAAACUCGGGAGGUUUGUAAAAGUUACUGGAAUUUGCAACCCGACAGCAGAGUGGUCAGGCUAGAAUGGAGUAGACAGAGCAACAUGUACUGAAUGGAAUGCAUGUAAAGUGCAUUCGGAAAAUAUUCAGACUCCUUGAUUUCCCCCACACAUUUUGUUACGUUACAGACUUAUUUUACUCAAUCGACCCACAAUACCUUAUAAUGACUAAACUAAAUCACAUUUUAUAGAUGUUUGCUAAUUUAUUUAAAAUAAAAAAGGCACAGAUCCUGGUAAGUGUACCAAAACAUUUCUGCAGCAAUAAACUCCACCAAUCAGGUAGUGGCCAGAUGGAAGCCACUCUUCAGUAAAAGGCACAUGACAGCCAGCUUGGAGUUUGCCAAAAGGCACUUAAAGACUCAGACCAUGAGAAACAAGAUUAUCUGGUCUGAUGAAACCAAGAUUAAACUCUGUGACCUGAAUGCCAAGCGUCACGUCUGGAGGAAACUUGGUAACAUCCCUACGGUGAAGCAUGGUGGUGGUAACACCCCUACUGUGAAGCAUGGUGGUGGCGGCAUCAGGCUGUGGGGAUGUUUUUCAACGGCAGGGAGUGGGAGACUAGUCAGGCUCGAGGGGAAAGAUGAACGGAGCCAAAUAUAGAGAGAUCCUUGAUGAAAACCUGCUCCAGAGCGCUCAGGGCCUCAGACUGCAUUGUCAUUCUGGGGUAUUGUGUGUAGAUUGAUGGGGGAGAAUUUAAUUUGAAUCAAUUUUAGAAUAAGGCUUUAACGUAAUAACAUGUGAAAAAGUCGGGGGGGGGGGGGGGUUAGAGGGUAAUUGUGGUCUAUAGGAUCCCUUAAGCAAAGGGCCUAGACUAGGUUUGAAUAUUUUCCCAGUAUUUUAAAUGUUCCAUCCCGAGAAUAAAUCACUUUUCUUACCCAGUAUUUCCCAUCAAAACCGUAAUUGUCAUUCAAAAGCAUUAUAAAGCAUAUAAAUAGGGCCAUGUCUGGAUUUGAAUAGAGCUUUGAUAGAAAAUUCAAACCUGGAGCCUCCUGAGUGGCGCAGCGGUCUAAGGUACUGCAUCGCAGUGCUUGAGGCGUCACUACAAACCCUGGUUCGAUCCCAGGCUGUCACAACCGGCCGCAACCAUGAGUCCCAUAGGGCGGCGCACAAUUGGCCCAGCGUCGUCCGGGUUAGGGGAGGGUUUACUUGGCUCAUCGCGAUCUUGCGACUCCUUGUGGUGGGCCAGGUGCCUGCAGGCUGACUUCAGUUGUCAGUUCAAUGGUGUUUCCUCCGACACAUUACUUCCGGGUUAAGCAGACGGGUGUUAUAAGAAGCGCAGCUUGGUGGGUCAUGUUUUCGGAGGACUUACGACUCGACCUUCGCCUCUCCCAAGCUCGUUGGAGAGUUGCAGCGAUGAGACAUGAUCUCAAUUGGGGAGAAAAAUGGGGUAAAAUACAAAAUGAAUAACUAAGACAUUAAGAAAAUUCAAGCCUGGUGCCUGAUUGGUCAAGCCUGGUGCUACCUAAGCCUGAUUGGUCAAGCCUGGUGCUACCUAAGCCUGAUUGGUCCUACAUUAAAGACAUUUUAAUGAGCCCAAUCCCAAAAAAGCCCAAAUAAUUGUGCUGUUUUCCAAUAGAUAUAUCAUAUAGGCUACUGCACAUUACACAUGACAGAAAAACAUAAAUUCCCAUAGAUGGAGCUAUAGAUGAAGCUAGCUAUAUGCUCUCUUGGGUAAAUAAAACUAGCUCCAGUAGGCUAAUCUGUUUUGAGUGUGAACUGUAUUACUGUACUGUAUUAUAUUAUACGGACUAGAAUUACGUACAUCAUUUCUAACCAUGAUAAGCAGGGAGAGAGAACAUGCGUUUCUGGUGCAGCACAUGCGGCCCACAAAGUUACAAAUAUAGGCUAGCGAUUUUGAUUUAUAAUUUUGAAAUAUAAUAGUGCCUAUUUGCUUAAUUAGUAGGCAGACGCAUAUGUAGCUUUUAUAUUUCCCCCUUAUGUCAUUAGCCUACGUCCUCUCUCUAUUGUUGCUUCAUUCCGUACCUGGUUUUCAACAGUUAAAUGAAAUGUUUCGUGUCCUAAAUCAUUCUAAUGACAUCCUUGAAUAAUAUAGGACUAGAAUUCGAUGCAGAAGGCUUUCACUUCUCUUCGCGAAGAUUGAAGGGCUCUGUGUCUGAAUAAAUAACUGCUAUAGUCUACCGCCAUCACUCUUUCAAACGAUGUGGAUGAUAGGUCUACGUGCAUUGUGAACUGCGUUCCAGACUGAGGAGGGCUGCAUGAUGGAUGAAUCAACGAGCCGGGUGGGGACAGAGGCCGCAGAGAAGACACAUUUAGACAUCGCAUAUGAUUUAACAGUUCCAUUUCACCGCAUGCUAUUCAUAUAAAUAAUGUAUUAUAAUUUAUCGGGUUCUCACAGUUAUUUAUCCGGGGGGAAAUGAAUGGUUUUGUCCAGUAAAUCUCAGUAACCGUGUUCCCGCCGUUCAACCCAUGUCCAUGCUACCGAGGACCAGUUUUCCCAGACACAGAUUAAACCUAAUCUUGGACUAAAAAGCUAAUAAAAUGGAGAAUCUCCGUAGAAAUAGCUUUUAUACCGACCCCUUAACGUUUGAAAUGUAGUUGGAUGCACCAAAAAUGAGUUGGUUGCACAGAUGAUGCCAAGAAUUCACCAAGAAUGUUCUAAAUUAAAGACCUGCUCCACUGUGGUCCUGCAUUCUCAUGUGAUCCCUCUCAUUGCUUUGGUUUUGGAUAAUGACAAUGUACAGUAGUGCUAAAAAUAUGUUGGUGUUCUCCACCAUUUCUGCUUUCAGAUUUUUUUUAACGCACUGAUUUUUAGGAUGUUUAAAACCAUUUAUUUUUAUAACAAACUGAAAAUAUUUAUCAAAGUUUUGCGGUAAGAAUACUGCCAUUUUUCAUUUUGCCGCAGUCACGUUCUUUGACAGUGAUUGUUUUUGAAAAACGGUGUGAUUUUUGUUAGCCUGUUUACUGAGAUGAUAUGAAACGGUUUAAUAAAUUUGUCUACGAAUUAUAAUUCUCUCAUUUUGAGGUGUGUGAUGUGUGAGGUGUACAACUCCAGAGACAAAAGUUUAUUCCAGAAAUUCGAUGAAUUUUAAAUAAAUGACUUUUCCCAUUUA